AUGUAUGAUUUUUUGGGAGGACCGAAACCUAUUUAGAUAAGAUGGAUAGUCAAUGUUUUCAAAGCACUAACUCUGCCCUAUAUUCUGUUGCUGAUGUAUUACACAUAAAACUUAGAAUUCGGAACUUAUCUUUAUUUAGCCUUACACGGAAGCUAUGGCAUACUCUGGAUAAUAAAGGAUUUGACUUUUCCAGAUCAAAAUUUCUAGAAAUACACAACAAUUCCAUCUGCAAUUGGCGGUUGUCUAAUUUUGAUAGCCUAUUGGAUUAUGCCAAUUAUAUAAGUGACUGGGUUUGGUUAGAAUGAAAUCAAACCCAGUUAUGUAAGUUUAAUAAUUGUAUUGUAUGUAAUUGGCAUUGUUUUAAUGAUGUCAAGCGAUUGCUAAAAAUAUUAUACUUUAAAAUAUAAGAAAGGUUUAAUAAAGGAAGGAUUAUUCAAGGUGAAUCGGAAUCCAAAUUAUACUGGAGAGAUAUUGAUAUAUCUUUCAUUUGCAAUGGUUACGAACAAUGUUUUAAGUUACUUGAUUGUUUUUAUGUCAUGGAUUUUUAUGUUUGUUCCUUUUAUGCUGAGGAAAGAAAUUUCAUUGAGUUAGAAGGAGGGUUGGACUGAGUACUACAAACAAAGUUAUCUGGCCUUUUGGAAAUUUAGUUAAUCAGAUAUUAUUAAUAUCGGAUUAUACAAUAUGAUGAUUGUAUUUAUAAUCGUCAUAAUUCUUUGA